AUGCCAGGCUGCUGCCAACAUAAACGAGGAGUUCAUGUGAGGGAUUCACUACCCACACUAGCGUUAACGAGUGGUCCACCCGCUGCGACGACGGGAACUCCUCUUUCAACGACUUCCAGCACGCGAGUCACGCGCGCCCCGGAUUCGCGGGGACUGCUGUGGGGGAGUUGGUGCCCGACAACCAGACAGUUCACACUAAAAUGUGCACGCGACAUCUGCGCGAGUUCACAGCGACAAAAGCGAAGGGGGCGUGCUGCCGAUCAACUACUCCUCCACACCGCUUAUAUCACAUCAUCAGCUCUCCGCCUCCAGCUCGAAGCCCUGGGUCAUAAAACGGUCCUUUACCCACCCUAUUUCUCAGUCGUCUCCCCAUCAGGAUACUACUUCUCCCAGGCCUCUAAGAAUUUCCUGAAGCAGAAACCGUUCAAUGCUUUCAAUGAGCUCAAAUCCGCUGCUGAGUUGUUCUUUGAGUCUCAGCCCCCAGCUUCUGGUGCGGGGAACGGUAACCUCUCAGAAAGAAGGAGCACUAUGAUAGAAAUUCAUGGUGAAUACAUUGACGGAUGA